AUGCCGCUCCGGUUGCAGAAAAAGGCGUCGCGCGUCGUGCGCGCGGUGGCGGAGGAGGUCCAGGUCGCGCGCGGCGUCGGCACGCGCACCGAUAAGCGCGGGAACGCGAAGACGGCGCUGUGGGAGCGCGGCAAGGCGAAACUCGCGGCGACGGCGGUGGAGAAGGAGUUCGCCGAGACGCAGUUGGCGUUUAGCAAGGCGACGAAUUUCGAUGACGUGCCGCCGAAGGAGAAGCACGUGCUGGCGCUGGUGCGCACGUGCGGAGGCGCGGGCGGAGGGAGCUCGAGGGAUCGGGCGUUCGUGUUGGAGACGUUGGCGAGACAGGUGCGGAAGUGCGCGCCGUGGAGGACGAUGCUGAAGACGCACGUGUUGCUGCACAGGUUGAUGCGGGAGUGCGAGGGAGGGGGGUUUAAGGAUGACUUCUUCAGGUUUUUGGAAUUUUUAUCUCGGAAAACGUACGGGCCGAAAGAACAGACGCUGUUUAACAUUCGCUACUGGAAGGACGAGACCAACAAGGACGCGUACGAGUUGUCGGGGUGGACGCGCGCGUACGCGGCGUACCUCGAAGAGCUGUGCGCUUUGAAUGAGUUCAUCCCGAGCCUCGUAGGAAACGUGAGUGGCGCGGUGACGACGACGACAAACGGCGAGGCGCGAGCGGUGGUGGCGAAUCCGUUGAAAGAUUGUGAUUUCGCGACGUUGAUCAAGGUUUUGCCCUUGGUGCAGACGCUCGUGCGACGCAUCACGGAUUGCGCGCCAACAUCUACGACGCUGCAGAAAAAUGCCGUCUCGCGAUACGCCGUCGGACUCGUCGCAAAGGAUAGUUUCUUGGUGUAUCGCGUCAUGAACGAGGGCAUCAUAAACCUGGUGGACAAGUACUUUGAAACGAGCAAAGUCGAGGCGGAGAAAGGGUUGGUGAUUUUCAAAAAGUACUUGACGCAAAUCGAAGACUUGCAACGAUUUUACGACACGUGCGAAGCGUGCGCGGCGGUGGAAAACGCAGUCGUCAAGCUUGAAGCACCCCCUGCGACGUUUUUGAAGAGCAUGGAAGAGUACUUCGAAUCGGCGCCUCGCGAAGGCUUGCCUCUUCGCGAGCGGCGGUUGGGCGCGACAUCUUCGACGACGGCGAACAAUGCACGAGCGAAUGCGGUGGGGUCGACAAUGUUGGCGAUCGACGUCCCCGCCAACAACGCGGACUUUAUCAGUACCACUGCUGCGCUACCGCCGGUGGAGCCGUUGAAUGCGCUCGAUGCGCUCAGUCAGCUUGAUUUAGGUACGCCGAGCCCAACGAGCAAAGACGAUGUUUUUAGCUCAAACGCGCUGCCCGCGCCGACGCAACCGCCGGCGUUAGCGCCGGUCGCGCCCGCAGCUUCGAGCAGUACAAGCGCACUUGAUUCUUUCUCCGAGUCAAUCGCUCCGGCGGUGCCGACGGAACCCUCUGCGGUGGCGUACAACCCAUUCGGAGCGAACCCAUACGGCGGCGCCCCGCAAAUGGUGCCGGCGGCUCCGCAAACGGCGCCGGCGCCCCAAGCAAAAUCGCCGAGAAGCACGAACCCAUUCGGAAAUAACCCGUUCGGUACACCACAGCCUCAAAGUUUGGACAAGAGCGCACUCAAUGACUUAUACGCGCAAGCUCCAGCGUCACCCAGGAGUGGCCAUGGCAUGAGUUCCAUGGCACCGCCGCAACACAUCAAUCCGAGCUUUAUGCAAGCGCCGCCCAACAGCGCCUUGCAGCGGCAGCAAGUUGGCGCACCUCAGCUAGCGCUACCGAUGGCUGGUGUGCAGUAUCCACAACAAUAUCCGCAGAUGGCGUUCCCCCAGCACCAUCAGCAGAUGGGAUACCCGCAGCAGCAUCCGCAGAUGGGAUAUCCCCAGCGCCCGGCGGCUGAACCACCGUUGCACCCGGCGUUCGCCAACCCUCACCAAGGCGGCAGUCCAAGUUCUAGCGCUCCAUCACCGCAGAACUCCGGCAGUUUGAUUUGA